AUGGAUACCUCAUACUGCUUGCUCGAGGCUGCACCAUCACGCUGUUUCGAUUCGCAAACUUCGCCGGCGAGAAACAUCAACGACAUACAGGACGUGCUGGAGAGGGCGCAACGAGUUCAGUUCAUCCAGGAGCAGCAGAUCAAAGAACUGGAGCGCCAACUCCUCGCAUUACGCCGUGAAGGUGCAUCAGAGUUUCCCUUCUUCUCACGUCUGCCCCCAGAGCUUCGAUGCCGCAUAUGGAAACUGGCCUUGCCUGUGCAGAUUUUUCGGCCGUUCCGGUUCCUCCAACCGUCAUUUUUGGAAUGGAAGACGCUUUCUCCGCCAACAAUCUCCGCCGUCUGCCGGGAGGCUCGAUACGUUGCGUACCAGAAUGGCGCGCUAUACUCCCACGAGUUUCUCGCCCCCCUCUCCUGGACGUGGUUCAACGGCCACACUGACAUAUUAGACCUUUCGCCUUUCAGAAUGAAGAAAGACAGCAGCUUUAUCCCUCUACAGAAGAAGCUCCUUCAGGAGACGAGAGCAGUGAUGCUAGAUGUAGAGACCGUCGAUAGCCUGUUGCUGACUGGCCUGUUCGGUGAAGACCGCCAGCUUCCAAACAUCUGCGUUAUCCAUCUGAUGGCAGGGAAUACCUUUCAGGUAGACAAACAAUCAUGGCAUCCGCAUGCAGUGGCCCGACUGUUCGGUGGCCAGUCGUUUGUCCAUGUCGACAUAGAGGACGACCAAGAGGUGGCGCAGCUCGACCAGCUACUCCUCGCAGCGAUGAGCGGGGCUGAUGGCAGCUUCAUGAGUAAAUGGGAGAAGGAUGCUAUCACGAAGCUGCAGGCUCAGGUUCGACCGUCGACUGACAAGUUGGAGCAGUGGAAGAAGGCAAAGCAGCUCAUCAUGCAAGGAUGGAUAUCCCACAACAGCGAGGCUUCCCCAAGGGAUAUACCCAAGAGCUGCAUCGGGGGAAACGGUAUGAUAAAGGAAGCCGAGGUCAGAAAGCUCUACCCCGGCAUGCCUGUCAUCAAAUUGGUCCAGACUUUUGAGCUGGCUCCCAUGCCUCAGCUGGAGAAGUGGUACAAGGACUGUGGGCGACAGAUGAUGGAAGACGUGAGAGGUUGA